AUCACAGCCCCUACUACUCGUAGAAGUCGAUUUAAUUAUUAAUUAAAAAUUCAGACGGAUUUCUUUAUUUUAUAUUUUAGGUUUACCAAGGUCUAGAACCUAACUACCGACAUCAUGGGUUCCAGUUCGAAAAAGAAGGCCGAGAAGAAGAAGGAUUUUCAGAAACCGAAGUUCAAGGUUGGAAAAGAUAAAGCCAAGCCGUCCAACUUUACAGAUACGAGUUUCAAGUCUAGAGCCAUUGUUAUGGGACAUCAGUCUCUGUCGACAGCAGCACCAGACAUCUUACAACAAUUCAAGCACAAUAUGUCACUCGCCUCAUCCUCAAAAUCUGAUAAACAGCGCAAGGAGGCAUUGGCCUACCUCACAACACAACUAUCCGCCGAGCCGCAAAUCAAUCCUGUUGGCACCGCCGCCGUCUUGGCCAAACUCUUGCCUUUAAUAUCCGAUACAUAUACCCCCGUACGAAGCCAGCUUCUUAAACUCCUCCAGACAUUACCUGCGGCCGGAGUUGCGCCCGCUGUCGACAAUGCAGCCAUGUUCGUCCGAGCCGGCAUGACCCAUCUCUCGAAUGACAUUAGCAACGAUGCCCUUAGCGUUAUGGACUGGCUACUCCUCACGGCGGGUGAUCAGCUCGUAAGCUGCCCUGGAGGAUGGGUCAAGACAUUAAAUACCUUUUGUGCGAUGAUGGGCUGGAUUCCUACGACCGUCAAGGGCGGUUGGACUGCUGGAUCGGCUGGCCGCACCAGCUUGAAAGCCAAAGAUGCACUUAACCGUGCACGACAAAUGACCACAUUGACCAACUUCCUGCGAACGGGGUUCAAGGAAGAGUCCAUCCUACCAUGGUCCCCUUUGCAAUACUGGGAUAAUCUAUACACAACACCCAGAGAAACAAAUCCUUUUAACUAUGUCAACCUCUCGGGCGCCAGGCGGGACGAAGACGGUGAGAUGUAUGUCGACAGCGAGAGCCGAAAGCAAAUAUUCCAUAAGCGCUUCUACGAGUCGUUUGCAAAGGGCGUGGAGCAGAUUAAAAAAGAAGGCGGCGUGGGAGGCCGAGCAGCCGCAGGUUUAGAACAGGUGAUCAGUGCUGCUAUGAAGGAUUACAGGACAUCAGCAGCGAUAGACACCAAGGACUUGCUUGAACUCUGGUAGUCAUGACGAAUUAAUGAUACAAAGAAAUUUCCAU